AUGAAUUUAGUAAACCAGGGAGUGGUUUUCCUGAGUGCAAUUGUCUACCUUCUUAGUUUACCAAAAGUACUGUGUGGAAAGAAAUAUGCAAUGGACGAGGAAUGUGGCAGAACAAUAAAAAUGGAUGGACGGAUUUUCCACAUGGCAAACAUUCGACAGACCUUCCGAAAGAAUUACGCAAUCAACUCUAACUGUCAACUAAUAUUUGAGACAAUGGAGUCCUAUCGCUUCAUCAUUGUGUUUAAGCGGUUGGAUAUCGAGUUUGAACCUCUGUGUGACGAUGAUAACCUACAAAUAUUUGAUGGCAACACUACAUCCCAUCCCAUCGUUAAAGGGUUACCGUCCAGAAUAUGCGGGAAAGAGAGACCGCCAGGCUCCUAUGUUUCAAAAGGUAACAAGAUCUUGAUGGCGUUUCGCAGCGACUUUUAUGACGUCAGAGAUGGUUUUGAAAUUAUUCUCACUACUUUCCGAAAAGCGCCUUGUGAGGAGGAUGAGGAGUUUAAGUGUAGGAAUGGGCGGUGUAUCUCCUCCCUCCUCCAGUGUGAUGGUAUCAAUAACUGUGGGGACUACUCUGACGAGUGUCAGUGGAGCGCGGGGGUACUGUUUGCUAUCAUGGGGGCCAUUCUCUUCAUCACCGUAACAGGCAUCGUUGGUGUAAGGUUCGUUAGAAGGAAACGACUUCUCAGAAUUCCAAAAAAGGGGAAAAAAGAGAAUUCGACAGAGACAUUCAUGGAUACAUUUUCAACACCUUUGCCAGAUAUCAACCUUUUAUGCGAGCACCAUAGAAAGAGUAUUUCUAAGAGAUCCAUGGCCGCCAAACCGGAAGUGCAUCAGCAAAACUGUCAAUCCAAAGAAGAAACAAAUGACACU